AUGAAGACUAUUGUUCUCAUGGCUUCCAAUGGCGACGAAUUUGUGGUAGACGUGGAAGAAAUCACAAACCAGAGUGAGAUGAUCAGAAACCUCAUCUCGGACAUGGGCGGCGCCGAUGGCUUGCAAGUCCCCCUCUUGAACGUCACAGCUCCCGUGCUCGCUAAGUUGCUAGAGUUGUUGAACGUGAAUGCCAAGAAUGAUGCUGAAGAAGUGACGAAAAUAAUCAAGGAGUUGAUAGAGACGGACAUGAAUACGAUGAUCGACGUGCUUGGAGCUGCCAACUACAUCGAAGCGACCUCGUUGUUCGACCUCUCAUGUAAAGUACUGGCCGAUAAGUUCAAAGGCAUGUCUGUCGAGGAAAUCAGAGAGUUUUUGGAUAUCGAAUGUGACUUCACCGACGAGGAAUUGCAACGGAUUCGAGCUGAAAGUGCAUGGGCAUUUGAUUGA